AUGGAGCUCAAGAACAUUCUGAUUCUCACAUUCCUCUACAUCGCAUUCCGCAUCUACAUGUCGCGGACGUCAGGUUCAUCCACGAGCACCGAGCCCCACGGGAAAGUGACCAACGUUGACAACGAGGCUGUCUUCAAAGCCCUCACCUCCUCCGGCCCCGUCGUUGUCGACUUCUUUGCUACUUGGUGCGGCCCUUGUAAGGCCGCGGCCCCCAAAGUCGGCGAAUUGAGCGAAAAGUACGGAAAUGUCCGUUUUAUCCAAGUCGAUGUCGAUAAAGUACGCUCGGUGGCUCAGCAAAUGGUUGUGACUGCGAUGCCGACCUUUGUAUUCAUGAUGGAUGGAAAGGAAAUCCAGCGGGUUCGUGGUGCUGAUCUCAAGGCUAUGGAGAAAGCAAUUAUCGAUCUGGAGCGUAAACGUUCCUUGGAUAUUCCCAGCGAAGGGAAGGCAGUUUAG